AUGCUCUCCUCUGCGAUUCCUCUUUACUUAUGCUUGAUCUCAAGUAAGGCUUUAGCAACAACAAAAACAUCGUUCCCAGGGGCAAUUUUUACCAAGGAAAACUCGAGAUUAAAGGGAUACUCUUUUAAAUGGCAUGUUACCCCCAGCCAGAUAUCAUGCACUCAAGCUUGCCUCACGAACCCAAGAUGCUACUCAACAAACUUCAAAGAAACUGGAGUACAUGGCGCCAGACAAGAAGGCACGUGUGAGUUGAACACUGAAAGCCCAUUGGAUCUGAUAAGUUUGGAAAGGGAUUUACAUUAUGAAUUUGGAAGUUUGUACGCUCGAUACUCAAGAGACAACAUGGUGAGUUUGAUACUUUUCUUUCAUUCCUUAUUUUUGUCCCUUUUUACCUUUUCUUUUUAUUUGAGCGUCAUUUUUAGGGUCCUUUACCUAUCCUUAUUUUUGUCCCUUUUUACCUUUUCUUUUUAUUUGAGCGUCAUUUUUAGGGCCCUUUACCUUUCUCUAAGAUGAUUUUGGCCUUAGAAAAAGGCAAAUUCUCGGUGAUGCAAAUGAUCUAGCAACGCUGCGGGGUUCAGGACGUAAAGUUAUUAUGAAUCACAGCUGUUUGUACUUUUUCAAACUUAUAUUCUGUUGUUCCAUAAAAGUGGAAGCCAUAGGUUUGCUUACCCCUCACAGCUACAUAGUUAGUAUUACAGCGGGUCUAUGAGGGUCUUAGAUUCUUAUUGUUAGGGUAAAGAAUUUGUAACAGUAAAGCUCUGGAUCUAACCUGAUGAUCAACAAACUGACCGUUUUGUAUAGUUUUUAUUUAUCACCUGUGUGUUCCAGGCAUUAUUUAAGUUUUACUCUUUUCAUUUCGACUACCUCAGCCAUUCUUGUUUUCAUUUUACGGCAGCAAUUGCACAUUAUAUUUUUGAAACCCCAUAAAUUUAUGUUAGUGGAACUUUAAUGAUCUCUGGACACAUAAUCUGUAUUGCACACAAUUAUUUGCUUUAUAUUGGCCACUCGCAUCGAUUCCACUUUAAAAAAAAGAAAGAGUAAAUUCGCAGUAAUAGAGAGAUUUUCAUUUAUGGAGUUAAAAGCACGAACUUUAUUGGAAAAAAAAAAUCCCAGCAAUCUGCUGAAACUCGAUCGCCUAGAAUAACACCUGACUCUCAUUAAAAUAACUCUUUUUCUUAAACUCACCAAGGUUCUAUUUUAAAAGAGAGGGAAUGUAAACAAGAUCAUUCAUUCACAACCAGUGUAGGUUGACAAGAGGGCUAAAUGAAAAUGGCACAUAUCGGAAAUACUUUGAAUAGGAAAUUAAAUUAUUCGUUUUUUUUUUCUUUCCUAAUUUUAAUGAAGCCUUUUUUGUCACCCCCUAAGAACUUAGCAGAUAUUACAACCACGUAUCCCAUCUGAAAUUUGACUCAUUAUGCUUUAAAACAUCUAUUCAAUAUAUAAUUUCAAAUGAGGAAGUUAGGAAUUAAGACUUUACGUCGCAAACUUUUUUUCUAAUCCUUCCACGAACAUCAAAUACGCACAGCAUGGAGACUGGUCACACAGUCAGGCCCAUAACAAAAACGUAUAAAUACAGGUAUCUUGAAGUAUAUCUGGAAACCAAAACAAAGAUAUAUAACAACCUUUUUACCACAGUGACUUUCUAAAAGAUAAAGGUUUUUAAUCACACAAAAUGAAAGGGUGAAAAUUAGGCACCAUUUCAGUACAAAAGUUUCAAAUGCUCAUUUAAUAUUUGCUCCAUUUAAGUGACAAAGAAAAUAGCGUCGAAAACAUUCUGUAGGUCCGUAAAUAUGAUUUUUGACUAGAAGGCAGAAUUUCGUUGAUAAACGUGAAUUUCAAGCCUUUCACUGUAUAUCAAUUUGAUUCAGAAUCGCAAUGAUAUAUGCUCUCUUUUAUCACGGAUUUUUUAAGUGGAUAAGAAAAAAGGAAAACAAAUAUUUGACUUUCAUAACUAAUAAAUGUAGUUUAAUUAUCUUAAUUAAAAAAACUGCAUUUGUACCUGUCAAAAUAGACGUCGUAUUUGAAAUAAGUUUUUGUUUAGUUUGACUAGAAUCUAAAAAAUUAACGGAAAUAGCUCUCUCCUGUUUUUUUAGCCGAUAAGAAGCUGGAAAAAAAUUUCAUUCUUCCCUCGCGCUGCGGUAGUCAGGAGUUAAAGACUAAAAGAAUAUUCUGUAUCCAAAUUAAAUCCGUCCUGCUUUCCAAAGAAUAAUUAACUUAAAAGCAAAAAAAAAAAAAGAAAAGAAAAAGAAAUUGCAUAUAUUUAGACGUCUUCAAUGCUUGUAACGCUGUCGCCACUUAGCUAGCUCGCGUGUAUUCUGCACUUCGUUAAUAUUCCGGAUUUACAAUGUUUCUAAAUUGAGGUUUCCGGGAAAAUAUUUUCGUUAUAUUUUCUUACAUUUUGGGGGAAGAGUAGAUCUUGGGAAAGGCAAAUAGAAUCAGAAGUCGUUCGCAGGUAAUAAACUUCAUUUAUGAGGAAAUUUCCAUUUAUUGUUUUAUAAUUUCGAUCUUUUAAUGUUACCCCUAUCUCAAAUGCAUUUUUAUCUCCUAUUUCCUGUUCAGAUAUAACAACCAGGAACUUUGAAAUUUUACAUUGAUAGAAUUAUAAUCCAGUCCCACGGAAGGUACCCGGCACUCUAGCCAAUUCCACAACUCAAUCGUGAAUUUGCGAUGCAAACUAGAGGUGCUAGCCAAAUAUACUGUAAAUGACCUAAAAAACGCCCUUUUCAAAAUAAACGCCUCUUAUCUAAGAGACACCACCUCAACCCUCUUAAAAUUCUAUUACACGACCCUCUCUAAAUGCCCCCGUAUGAGAAUUGUACUCUAAAGUACUAAGAAUUGGAAAAAAGGAGCAAAAUCAUUUCAUACAUUCAGCUUCUUGCUUGAUUAACAAGGGUUUGUUUAUUUCGUCUUAUUGCUCAUUGUCAAGUUCAAAGUAAGGAUAGACGAUGGCAACACAAAAACCCUGAGCGAGGAUUCUGACAUCGGUGUUGGAAUUUGAAAGAGCGAUAUAGAUCUCUUGACGGCCUAGACGUAACAAUUGAUGAAGUGGAUAUUCCGCUAUUUUAAAGCUAAGCUCUCUUGAUAUUUUUUCCGAAAGCAUAUUACUUCUUCUGUGCUUUUUACAGUUUUGGGAAUAAACGUCUCCGUCUUUUAAACGCUUCAUAUCUAUUAAACGCACUUUUCAGUGUAUCUCCAAAUUUUAUCUUAGGAUGACUCAUGUCGAUGGAUUGGAUGUCAAAACAAUGGUGCUUGUGUAAAAAUAAACAAAGAAUAUACCUGCGAGUGUGGUGUCCAGUGGAUUGGGAAACUUUGCGAAACAAAAAACAGUGAGUAUAAUUAGCGUUAUUUAUCCUUAGCCUGCGUGCAAGCUCUUCAUUUCAGAAUCGAGUGCGAGUUAGCGAAGGUUCUUUUUCACAGCUUGACGGCGCGGGAUCUUACAUUAGAGAGACUUAGAGUUACGUUUACGGCAAACUGCAAACGUCAGAUUCAAGUGGUGAAUUUCUUAAAAUAGAAAACGUGCAGCUAGUCCAAAACAAUUGCUCUCGAUAAAACUAACGUGAAGCUACGAAUUUUGGGGUGAAACUAAUUAACAGAAAAGUUCAAGUUAAGGUAAAUCUUGGUCUCUUGGUACAAAUUCACGUUUACCGUAAACGUGAGUCUAAAUCUCUUUAAUCUCGUUAUUUUCAAAUGAAGUCCCCUCUGGCAGGCAUUUCAUUCCUGUUUCGUUGCAGUUUUUAUUUACAACUUUGCUCGGGAAAGGUGCAAGAAAAUGAAACGGGUUUUCAUUGAAAGAACAAGAAACGUUACUCGCCUUAGAGAAAUUUUCCAUUAAUUUUGAAUUAAUUUUAAAAGGCAGGGCGGUUAUGUUUGAAGCAUAUAUAUUCCUUGUUUUUCAGAAAAAAACAAAAAAAACAAACAAAAACAAAGACAUCGUUUUACCGACUGAAGAAUUGAGUAAAUUGAUGGUGUUGUAUUAGAUUGCCCUUUUAGAGGUGACAUUCUUACACGAAUUUCGUGUUGGAUGUACCAUUCGAAAAGCUACUAUUGAAAUGAAAGUCUUUUGCUUCAAAGGAAAAAAAAAAUGCAAAUGUAAGGCACCGAAUUUCGAACGAAUGGACUACUUAACGAUCACUUUACUAUUCUCAAGGAAUGGGAAUGCGUAACAUAACACACAACUAGGCAAGAGGGAUCCUGGGUUCUAAGUAGUUGCGACACGAAAUAGGCUCCUGUUUUCAAACAUGUUUUGCGCUCUUUUAUAGCUUCAUUUGUUUUUAUCUCAUAACGGGAAAAGAAAUUCGAUUGAUCGAACAUGAAACUGUUUCUUUUUCUUUGCCCUUAAAAACACCUCGAAAAAAAUUAUAUAUCAGAGACUGCUAAAUUUAGAAACAGAAAUUAAUGAUUGGGUAAAGGCUGUCAAUCACCAAUAUCUUGUAUUCCGUUAUCCCUUUUAACUUUAUAAUGGUAACGGCUUAAUCCUCUAUAAAAUUGUAACUUAAAAAAGUGUUGAAACCAAUAACCCUUAAUUCAUGUCGCAUUUUAUUAGAAAUAAUUAGCUGGUUACAUCUUGACGUAGCCUUUUGCGUUGCAGGCGGCCCACCGGGCCGUAAGCUUUAUUACCUACUUCAAUGCGUUACAAAUCACAAAUGCGAAUUCUUCCACCUCAUUCCCCGAAAUCAUCCUACUUCGCUUUUCAUAAACACGCGCAUUCUGAAGUUCAAAAUCCAACUGACGUUUGCAUUUUUCACUUUUGCUCCCGUCAAUCAUCUUAAACUGACCUCUUAGAAAACAGAAUUUUACUUCAACGGGUUCAAAAGGUCUUGGUUUGUGAUUUGUUUUUGGUUGAUUUCUAUCCGUUUUGUUUGUGUCAGUGUUUCAAGGUUCGUUAUUUGUGAUGAAAUCUAUGAUUGACGGCAGCGAAAAACGCAGUGGUGAAGGCGGCUUUUAAAUUUCAGAGUUCGUGUGUUUUUGAAAAGCACAGUAAUCCACGUUUUGACAGUUUUGGUUCAUAACUAGGGUGGUACAACUUCACGACGUUGGGGGCCACAGGAAAAAAUGGUCCAGUUAGUGCUGAAGGAUAUAAAGGCACUCUUCUCCAGGAGGUACAAGUCACGAAUGGUGUCCAGGAGUGGCAGGUGCCAGUCGAAGGAAAGUACCAUGUAGAAGCUUGCGGAGCAUCAGGAGGGGAUGGAAUUUUGCCCAAGAAAGGAGGCAAAGGAGCAAAAGUCAGCGGCGUAACAAGACUGACAAAGGGAGAUAAGUUAGCCAUACUGGUGGGACAAAAGGGAUCAACACAGGAUGGAAGUCACCCAGGAGGUGGGGGUGGUGGAACGUUUGUUUAUCGUUCACCGAAUAAAUUUGAUAUAAUUAUUGUGGCUGGUGGAGGAGGUGGUGGAGGAAAAAAAGAUGGUCUACCUGGGAAUGAAUCACCGGAUGGCAGUGGUUCCGAUGACACGAGAGGCACUAACGGGGGUGGUGGUAAGGUUUGCCGAGAUGCAACCUAUAUACCAGACUCUGGGGCUGGGGCUGGUUAUCUUAAUAAGGGGGGCUGCAUUGAAAGUGGAAAGUUUUGCGGGGCAUUGCAUUGCAGUAAAGGGGGAAUUUCUUUGGGUCAAGGUGGAGGUGCUACGAAUUGUGAUGGUGGGUUUGGUGGAGGAGGAGCUUGUGGUACUUUCCCUGGGGGAGGAGGUGGAUAUUCAGGGGGUGGAGUAGCCCCUGACAAGGAAGCAGGGGGAGGUGGGUCAUACAAGGCCGACAGCACAUGGAAAGUGAUUAAAGGAGGCUGUGAAGCUGGUGAUGGUUACGUUUCCUUUACCGCAGAAGAGUAG